UACAAAUAUAAAUAAAUCGAGUGUUUUUAGAGAUUAGGUUCCUGUCAUUCUGUAUUCUUCUUCUCUUCCGCCGCCGCUAGGGUUUAGCCUAUUUUUCACUAUUCCUUUUCUUCUCUUAAUUCCUUACCCCUAAAUCGAUCUACAAUAUAUAGAUGAUGUAUUUUUCAUGCUAAUCUGCUGAGCAAAAAUAACAACACAAUACAAAGAAUAAGUAUAGAUUGUUAGUGUUGUUUUUGUUGUUUGUUUUGAAAAUGGCGACAAUUAACCCUUUUGAUUUGUUGGGUGACGAUGCUGAAGACCCUUCUCAGUUGAUUGCCGCUGAACAACAGAAAGCUGCGGCUGCAGCGGCGGCGGCGGCGGCUGCUCCAAAAAAGAGUCAAGAACAAGGCAAACCGCAAAAGGCGGCUCAGUUGCCCUCCAAACCACUACCUCCUUCUCAAGCUGUGAGGGAGGCCAGAAACGAGCCUUCUCGCGGUGGCCGUGGAGGUAGCCGUGGACGUGGAUUUGGACGUGGUCGCGGCUUCGGUCGUGAUUUCUCCAAUGAUGAUAACUCAUUCCCUGCAUCUGGAGCCCCUGCUCAUCAAGGUUCUACCGAAGAAGGAGAUUCUGGUAAUCCCGCUGAGAGACGUGGUUAUGGAGCACCUCGUGGACCUUACCGCGGAGGUGGUGGAGGCGGUCGACGUGGAGGCUUUAGCAAUGGAGAAGCUGGUGAAGAGGGACGUCCACGAAGACCUUUUGAUCGCCACAGCGGGACUGGGCGCGGAAGUGGAUUCAAACGUGAAGGUGCUGGACGAGGCAAUUGGGGAACCCAAUCUGAUGAAAUUGCUCAGGUGACUGAGGAAGUUGCUAAUGAAACUGAAAAGAAUUUGGGUGAAGAGAAGCCUGCUGGUGAGGAAGAAGCAGCAGAUGUUAGCAAGGAAACUCCUGCUAAUGAAGCUGAAGAAAAGGAACCUGAGGAUAAGGAGAUGACACUGGAAGAGUAUGAGAAAGUGCUGGAAGAGAAAAGGAAAGCCCUGCAGGCACUUAAGACUGAAGGAAGAAAGGUGGAUGCUAAAGAGUUUGAAUCCAUGAAGCCAUUGUCGUGCAAAAAAGACAAUGUUGAGAUCUUUGCUAAAUUGGGAUCUGACAAGGAUAAGCGCAAAGAAGCUUUUGAUAAGGAGAAGUCAAAGAAGGCUCUUAGCAUUAACGAGUUUCUGAAGCCUGCUGAUGGAGAGAAGUUCUACAACCCAGGUGGUCGUGGUGGACGUGGUGGUCGCGGUGGCCGUGGUUCAAGGGGAGGAGGUUUUGGUGGAAAUGCAUACAGCAAUGUCCCAGCUCCAUCCAUCGAGGAUCCCGGGCAAUUCCCAACCUUGGGUGGUGGCAAGUGAGAUAGAGAUAUUUCAAAACCAUUUCCCUCUCCCCCUUUUUAUUUAGUACUUCAAUUUUGGGUUCUUCUCUGAUUUGAACUUCUUAAGCUACUUUUGGUAAUUGGAUUUCGAGUCAUUAUUAGAAGGGUUUAUUUAACUUUUUUAAUGUAAAUUUAGUUUGUUUUUCAUACGGUCAUUUGUAACCUUUUCGUUUAUUGUUAUGUUUCCCUGUGUUUUGACAAUUGAUGGGGUUAUAUCUUGGCGGAUAAGACAUAAAUGUUUUUGCAAUUUCGGUUAUUGAAAUC